AUGAAAUCAACAGAUAUUCUUCAUUCUAAGGAGAAUCUUGAGAUUCUUUCGAAGAUUGAGCCAGAAUUUCAAUGCUACUAUAAGUGGUUCCUUGGAUUAACUGAAGUUGAUCACCCUAGCUUCGGCUGUGGCGAAAUUACACAAGUUGUGAAGUCAUGGUGUGACCAAAUGGGUGCAGAAACAGAAAUUGACGAGCACAACAACCUUAUUGCUAGAAUUCCUGCAAAUGGAAUGCCAGAAAACUCACCUGUUGUUUCAAUCCAAACUCAUCUCGACAUGGUUUGGGUUGGUGAGAAAAUUGACGGCAAAAUCAAAGUUGAGUUACAAGAAAAGGAUGGAAAACGUAUACUUGUUGCUCCUCACAGUACUCUUGGUGCAGAUGACGGAUUUGGCGUCGCAUUAUGCCUCGAAGUCAUCGAAAAUGCGAAGAAUUUCAUCCAUGGCCCAAUGGAACUCAUUAUGACAUCAGAUGAAGAAGUUGGUCUCAUUGGAAUCAAGAAAUUCCCUCCAGCAAACACAACAGAAAAAACAUCAAUUACUCCGUUCAAAUUCAAAUACCUCUUGAACUGUGAUUCACUCUGCGGUGACAAAAUCUACGUUGGAAGCUCAGGAGGUAUUAUGUACAGAUCCGAAACAGAUCUUCACCUUGAAGAGCUCAAAACCAGCAAGAAAGGCCUUACAAUUGACUUGUCCAAGUUCUCCGGUGGCCAUUCAGGCGCAACAAUUCAGAGAGGACAAGGAAAUCCAAUUAAAUGGGUUUCUCAAAUAUUAAGCGCUUUAGAGAAGAACGAUAUCGAUUACGAAAUUGUCACUUUUAAUGGUGGCCAUGCAAUUAAUGCAAUUCCAACACAUUGCAAAUGCACAGUUGCAAUUGAAGCCGAAAAGAUUGAAUUGGCGACCAAAAUUGCUAACGAAGCAUUGAAUGACCUCAUUGAUGCUUUCAAACUUGUUGAACAUGACAUAAAAUGUGUAAUUUCAACAGAAUCAAUUGAUUCUGGCAAGAAAGUCAUUAAUUCAUAUGAAUCCCAUCAAUUGAUUUAUCUCAUUCAAGCUGCUCAUCAUGGCAUUGUUAGAUUCCAUCCACAAUUCCCAACAACAGUAGAUACUUCAUUGAAUCUCGCUCUUGCUUCAUUUGAUUCCGAAAAGAGCAAGUUCCACAUACACUUAUUCAGCAGAUCAGCAACACAAGCUGAACUUGAUAACGUAGACUACACAGUUAAGUCAUUAUUCAACAUGUCCCCAUUGAAACCAGUUUUCAGGACACAAUUGGCCGGCCAUCCAUGGUCACCACGCGAAUCAAAGGUCGCGAAGAUUGUACAAGAAACAGCUAAAGGAAUUAUCGGAGAUAUGCCUUUAGGAAUACUCCAAGUAACAGUUGAACCAGCAGAGUUCUUGUUCCUUGGAUAUGAUGCCGAUAUGGUGUCAAUUUGUCCAUCUCUUCCAAAAGCUCAUUGCAUUGGUGAAUGGAUGGACAUCGAUGAGGCCAACAGAUGGAGAGAUGUAAUCUUGAAAGUCCUGCCUCAGCUUACAGAGUAA